UCACUUCCAAAUCACUUCCGCGUCUUUUCAAAUGUGAAAGUAAUCAUGGCGGACGAAAGGGAUUUCUUCCACCUAAAUCGCCUUAAAGGCUUCAAUGAUGCAGUCUUUCCUAUCGUUGCUACAAUCCUUAUACUUCCAAUUCGAAAGCUUGAAGUGGACAGUGAUUCCAGUUUGGAGAAGCUCAUGGAGGAGAGAUGGGUGAAGGUGGCUGUGUAUUUUGUGGCAUUCUUGGUUAUUUGCUCCAUUUGGGAAUCCCACGUCAAUCGUUUCCGUAUUCUUUCACACACAGAUGAUAUAUUGGUGUGGUUGAAUCUGACCUCUCUUCUGUUUGUGUGCUUUUUGCCUUUUACUUGCAAUCUUGAAGCAACAUUUUACGAGAAGUACACUCCAACCAUUUUGAUAUGUGUUGACCUUUUGAUCCUUGAGUUAUUAGAGGUAAUUAUCAUUCUCUACAGUUUUAGCAACGAUGCACUCCUCACCAAUGAAAUUCUAGAUCUUCCAUUUGAUCAAAGAAGAGAGCAGAGAAACUACAUGUUAUUGAAGAAGAUAGUUAAGCCUUUGCUAUACAUCCUGGCUGCUAGCUUGAGCAUGGUUAACAAAGAUGUUUCUUGGGUUCUUCUUGGGUUAGUCAUCAUUUCUCCAUGUCUUUAUCGUUUCCUUGGCUUCCUCUUUCGAAUUGUGAUGAACAUUCACAUGGGGAGAGCAGACUUUGAUCGUAUGUUUGGCAACCUGAUUGAUACUGAACGUGUUGAGUGUUUUAGUGAUGGAGCCUUUGCCAUUGUGGCUACUCUUCUUGUUUUGGAUCUUACUGCAGAAGAUUUCCCAACUAAGGAAGAAAUCAUUGAGAAAGGAAUUCAAAAGUCCCUGUUGAGUUUAUGGAGGGAGUUCAUAACCUUUGUUGGCACUUUCUUUGUGGUAGCACUGCUCUGGUUUGUGCAUCAUUCCUUAUUCCACUGCAUCAAAAAGAUGAACCAAGUCAUGCUAGUCUGCAACAACAUCUCGCUAGCUUUCAUGGGACUAUCACCCUUAUUGUCUGUUGUUAUAAACAAGUUURGACGAAACCAAGACCAGGAUGAAAUUCUAGCUGUACAAUUUAGCUCAGUAGUUAUAUUCGGUGCUAGCAUUGCACAGUUCUUAGUUUUUGUGGUUGCACUUUUGUUAGGGCCAUCACAUUUAACAUCAGAAGCAAGUCCCAGAAUGUCACCUAAAUCUCAUUGCUAUCUUGUUGCUAAGCUGUCAGUCCUGCCACUGGUUAGUCUCAUAGUGUACUGGACAAGUUUCUCUAGUCCUUUCAUCACUUAUGUGGUUUAUCAUUCAGCUUUGUUAGCCACACCUAUUUUGUUCAUCGUGCUGAAAGUCUGCUUUGGUCGAGGUUCAGAUGGCAUGACCAUGGAGAUCCCUGUUUCAUCACAGACUGAAAAUAUUGAACAGUGGAUGCCAAGACCUGUUCCCGCUCCAAGAUCAAGAGCUCCUAAAGCAAGACGAACUGUUGCAAUGUAAAGAGUUACUGUUAUCAAACAUAAUUUCAGCUCUAGUUCUUGAACUUGGUUGACAAAAGGAUUUCAAGGUUGUUAGAAAUAUUGAAUGCUACUAACUGAAAGAAAAAAACUAGAUGUUAUAUAAUGCUAGAGUACCAGAAUCAAAAUAAAGUUUACAGUGUAUAGAUACUUACUAUGAAAAUUGACAAAAUGUGGAACAAGCUAAAGUUUUCUUACGUCAAUCACACCUUUUGUAUAAUUGCCCCCCCCAUUUUCAUUAAUGGGUUAAAAUGGAGCUAAAAUAUAGGAUAAUAUAAAGACUACAUGUGCAAUGUUUGAAAUUAUCAAUGAAAAUUGGUCGGCCAAUCAUACAAAAGUGGGUGUGACUUUUAUGAUAGGAAAACUCAGGUCUAUUCCACAGUUCGAUGAUUUUUGCAGUAAUAGCUUUCAGUCAUAGAAUUAGGUUUCCUUUGUAGUAAGGUGAAUUAAUCUGGUUGUUCUUCAUAGGCUGAUAUUGGCUUCAAGACUAUUUUGCCCUUUUUGUAUAGUUAAUUCUGUUUUGUUAGAGUGCACGCACUAAACCCGUGAAACAAAUACCAACUUUUAGUGCUAAAUAGUGAUAAAUAAACAAUAGAAAACAAAGGAUUCUGUAUGAAAUAGUACUAAUUAGUACUAAUUAAUGUUCACGGAUUUAGUGCGUGCACUCUAUUAGGGUGAAUUUAUAAGAUUGCCAUUUUUAAUGGUCCCAGGAAAGUACAUACUCCAAAGUAUAACUUCAACUUUACUGGAAAUCAGCAAAAUAUCAAUUAUCAUGGAAAAAUAUUAUGAUUUAAUCAAAUAUUAAUCUGAGACAAAAAUAAACCCGUCAUUCUGUAACAUUAAUGCUUACAAAUGCCACACUGCCUGAUUACAAUGCAUAAUCUAUUUUUUAUGUAAAGAAAUAAGUAGUGUUAAUAAGCUUGAUAAAAAAGUGUGGAUAGAUCUUAACAUUUUAUAGACAAAAGAUUGAUAGCAAUAGGUAGCCAAAAAUAAAUUAUACUAUUGUUAACAAA